ACAUCUGGACCUGAGUUUCAACGAUCUGCAGGAUUCAGGAGUGGAGCUGCUGAGUUCUGGACUGAAGAGUCCAAACUGCAGACUGGAGGCUCUCAGUCCCUGCAUGUGAACUGCUUCAGCUGAUAAGGCUGGUUAUGAGUCAGAGGAGGAGCUGCAGACAGGGCGGGAAGUUGAAAGUGAAAGUAUGAAGUCAGACUUGUCAGACUGCCAGACGCCAUUUUACAGCUCGACACGAGGAGAACAACAGGAGUAUAACAUACUGGAGAAGAUGAGUGAUUUAAAAGAUGAGGAAGAGGACAAAUCUUCAGUCUCCAGCUGUCUGUCUCUGAAGAGUGACCGGUCUAAAGACUGGCUUCCUCCAGACUUCAGUAAUGAACCUGGACCCUCAGACACAAAAGGGAAGAGGAAGAGUGGUGUUCCUGUGGAGGAGCAGCUGUCCAGCUGUGCUCUGUGUCAGGACGUCCUGAAGGAUCCAGUCUCUACCAGCUGUGGACACUGGUUCUGCAGACAGUGCAUCACCUCAUACUGGGAGCAGAGACCUCCAUCAGGAGACCCCUCCUGUCCCCAGUGUGGAGAAAGACCCAUAACCAGAGCUGGCCUGCAGACAGCCAGUCAGACCAGCUCUGUACGAGCAGAAUGUGGUCUGCAGCAGGUUUUAGAUGAACAUAGGCUCAGUCUGAGGAGGAGAUGUGAACGUGUGACUGAAGGAACUGAUCAAAGUGAAACCCUCCUCAACAGCAUCUUCACUGAGCUCUACAUCACACAAGGCCAGAGUGAAGAGGUUAAUACCCAACAUGAGGUGAGGCAGCUGGAGACAGCUUCCAAGAAAGAGACCCUCCAUGACACUCCAAUCAAGUGCCAGGACAUCUUUAGAGCCUUACCUGACCAACACACUCUCAUCAGAGCGGUCCUGACCAACGGAGUCGCUGGAGUUGGAAAAACCUUCUCAGUGCAGAAGUUCACUCUGGACUGGGCCGAGGGUUUGGGAAACCAAGAUGUCAGUCUGGUGAUCCCGCUCUCCUUCAGGGAGCUGAACCUGAUCAAAGCUGAGCAGUACAGUCUUCUCAGGCUGCUCCAUGUUUUCCAUCCAACCUUACAGAAGGUCACAGCAGAGCAGCUGGCUGUCUGCAAAGUGCUGCUCAUCUUUGACGGCCUGGAUGAAAGCAGACUUUCUCUGGACUUCAGUAACAAUGAGGUUGUGUCUGAUGUCUCACAGCAGUCCUCAGUCAAUGUGCUGCUGACAAACCUCAUCAGGGGGAAGCUGCUUCCCUCGGCUCUCGUCUGGAUAACUUCCAGACCUGCAGCGGCCAAUCAGAUCCCUCCUGAGUGCGUGGACAGGGUGACAGAAGUACGAGGCUUCACUGACGCCCAGAAGGAGGAGUACUUCAGGAGGAGAUCGAGUGAUGAAGACCUGUCCAGCAGAAUCAUCUCUCACAUCAAGAGCUCCAGGAGCCUCCACAUCAUGUGCAUGAUCCCAGUCUUCUGCUGGAUCACUGCUGCAGUUCUGGAACACAUGUUGACUACAGACCAGAGAGGAGAGCUGCCCCAGACCCUCACUGACAUGUACUCACACUUCCUGCUGGUCCAGACCAAGAGGAAGAAGCAGAAGUAUGAAGCGGGACAUGAGACGAGUCCACAGCAGCUGACGGAGGCUGACAGGGAGCUUCUUCUGAAGCUGGGGAGGCUGGCGUUUGAACAGCUAGAGAAAGGACACAUCAUGUUCUACCAAGAAGACCUGCAGCGCUGUGGUCUUGAUGUCACAGAGGCCUUGGUGCACUCAGGAGUUUGUACAGAGAUCUUCAAAAGAGACAGUGUGAUCUUUGAGAAAACAGUCUACUGCUUUGUUCAUCUGAGCAUUCAGGAGUUUCUGGCUGCAGUCUACAUGUUCCACUGUUACACCAACAGAGACACAGCGGUACUGAAGCACUUCCUGCAGGGAGACUAUAUCAACAACAGUGAUCAUGAUUACCCAUCCCUGGAUGUCUUCCUAAAGGGAGCCAUGGCGAAAUCCCUCAGAAGUGAAAAUGGCCACCUGGACCUGUUUGUCCGCUUUCUCCACGGCCUCUCUCUGGAGUCCAACCAGAGACUGUUAGGAGGCCUGCUGGGUCGCACAGACAACAUACUAACAUUCAUUCAGAGACUGUUAGGAGGCCAGCUGGGUCGCACAGACAACAGACCAGAAACCAUCCAGAGAGCCAUCAACAACCUGAAGGAGAUGAACAGUGGUGACAUCUCUCCUGACAGGAGCAUCAACAUCUUCCACUGUCUGACAGAGAUGAAGGACCUCUCAGUACAUCAGGAGAUCACAGAGUUCCUGAAGUCAGAGAACAGAUCAGAGAAGGAACUCUCUGUGAUCCACUGCUCUGCUCUGGCCUACAUGCUGCAGAUGUCAGAGGAGGUUCUGGAUGAGUUGGACCUGAGUCAGUACAAAACAUCACCUGAGGGGAAACAGAGACUGAUUCCAGCUGUGAGGAACUGCAGGAAGGCACAACUUGCUCGCUGUGGACUCUCAGAGACUCACUGGGAAGUCGUGGCCUCAGCUCUGAAGUCUGACCCCUCCCAUCUGAGACAUCUGGACCUGAGUAAGAACCCUCUGGAGGAUUCAGGAGUGGAGCUGCUGAGUUCUGGACUGAAGAGUCCAAACUGCAGACUGGAGGCUCUCAGACUGAUAGGCUGCAGUUUGUCAGAGAUCAGCUGUUCUGCUCUGGCCUCAGCUCUGAAGUCCAACCCCUCUCAUCUGAGAGAUCUGGACCUGAGUUACAACGCUCUGAAGGAUUCAGGAGUGGAGCUGCUGAGAGAUCUUCUGGAGAGUCCAGACUGCAGACUGGAGACUCUCAGUCUGAGGCACUGCAGUUUAUCAGAGAUCAGCUGUUCUGCUCUGGCCUCAGCUCUGAAGUCCAACCUCCAUCUGAGAGAGCUGUACCUGAGUUUCAAUGAUCUGCAGGAUUCAGGAGUGGAGCUGCUGAGUUCUGGACUGAAGAGUCCAAACUGCAGACUGGAGACUCUCAGACUGAUAGGCUGCAGUUUGUCAGAGAUCAGCUGUUCUGCUCUGAUCUCAGCUCUGAAGUCCAACCCCUCUCAUCUGAGAGUUCUGAACCUGAGUGACAACGCUCUGAAGGAUUCAGGAGUGGAGCUGCUGAGAGAUCUUCUGGAGAGUCCAGACUGCAGACUGGAGACUCUCAGUCUGUGGAGCUGCAGUUUGUCAGAGAUCAGCUGUUCUGCUCUGGCCUCAGCUCUGAAGUCCAACAUCCAUCUGAGAGAUCUGGACCUGAGAUACAACGAUCUGCAGGAUUCAGAUGUGAAGCUGCUGAGAGAUCUUCUGGAGAGUCCAGACUGCAGACUGGAGACCCUCAGGAUCAGAGGAUAUGAGCCGAUCAGAGCCACGAUCCAGAAGACCUGUGACAGGAAGUGAAGACACACAGAAAGAACGAGACGUUCCUGUGUCACCGGUUCACGCGCUUCGUCAUGAAGUACAACCUGAUGUCCAAGGACAACCUGAUCGUGCCCAUCCUGGAGGAGGAGGUGCAGAACACCUCGUCAGCGGGGGAGAGCGAGGCCUAAACACACUGCUGCCACAAAGGGAGACACAUGUAACACACACAUGACAUGAGGAGACACAUCCACACACCUUGCAUACACAGUACACACAUAUAUAAUAUAUAUAUAUACACACUACAGUGUCUACAAUAAGGCUCCUGUCUCGUAACACUGUCCAUGUCCCUCCACCCUUGUCACCUGUGUCUAUCUCAAAGGAAGUGAGGGGUAGCGGGAGCAGAGUUCAGCCAUGCCUGCAGGACAAGUUGACGUUUUCUAUCCUCCUCCCUCUCGCUCUGUGUGUUCAGAUCCACUCUGGGGGUCUGCGUGCAGCCCCUGCUCUCACACUCCUCCUCCUGGGGAAACCCCUUUUACCUUUAAUGUUCUUUAAGCAGCUGGAUUUGCAAAAAUGUAAUCAUGGUGACCUGUAUUGUUGACAAAGGCACACGCUGACAGCCCCUCCCUCUGUAUAUAACCCCCCCUCUCUCUUAAUUCACUACCAUCAUGUUUUCUGAUGGUGCUUCACUUUUUCGUGUCUGCUUCUGUUUCUCUGUUCGCUUAUUGUGUUUCCUACCAGCCUGUUUUUCGGGGGGUCGUCCUCUGAAAUGGAUCAAUAAAGUAGCCUGCUGACUGAAAGGGAUAGAUCAGAUUGUGUGUGGGGUUGUCGCAUAUCCAUAGUUCAGGUAUGACCGACAGUAACUGCUCUCUAAAAGCCACCAAACUCCAUCGUCAGAAACCAGUUAUUUUUUACAUCGCUGAACACAGAAGUUUCUCGACUUCUGCUGCCUCAACUAGUACGGUUUUUUUGGUGGUAUUUUGUGACUUUAGUGUUUAAAGUAGAUAGUUUGGAUUCACUGACGUCACACGAUUUACACAAAAUAACUAACUGAUAGAGGCAGAAGUAGAACAGCAACGCCUUUUUGUUCUGCGAUUUAUAAAAUCACUGCUUUUAUCGAUGGCGUCUGGCUUUGGCGAGAGCAUCACAAAAUGCUUUGGGUCCUCGUUUGACGGCAAGGUUAAGCAGAGGAAAUAUCGUCAUCUACUGUAGGUAAUACACUUUUAUACAACCCUACUUUAAAACACAAACAUCCCUUUUUAAUGAUGCCAGUGAAACACGAAACGUAGGUGUGUGUGGCUUGUGUGGUAGUGAUCAAAGACAAACGUAACCGUGCAGUCAGAUAUUCUUUCUCAUCUCUGAAGUGUUUUUCAGAUCAUUCAGGAACUCUGAUCCUGCUGAGUCGCCCCCAUUUUAAUACCGUGUGAAAUGUGUCGGAUAUUCCCCUUUCCUCGACAGGGCUGGGUCUGAGGGUCACAUGGGACUGAGCUGCUGUAAGCCGGUCUUUCCUAACGCAUUAAGACGAGUAACAUACAAGGAAGGACGAAAUAUCAGAUACAUUUACGUGUCGGAGCACAACCCCCCCCCCCCUUUCUUUUACCCUCCCCCUCAUUAAGUUAUUUUGUGGGAGGAGUCUUGUCAAUCCAAACCCACUUUUUUUUAAUGGACUAAAAUAAUUUUGUUACUGUCGACAUUUUCAUGAUGUCUGUUAAUAAAAAAGAGCUAUUAGUCAGGU